UAUUAGUCUAUCGCAAUUAACAAAAGAAUUAAGUAAGGAUAGAAUAAAGAGCGGCGCCUUUGUAAAAACCUCAAUGAACCUCUAAGACCACACCACCAUUGACAACAGAUUGUUGACAAAAAUGGCCUCGUGGGCAGCUGCAAGUUACGUUUCUAACACCUGUAAUGGUAGCUCUUAUUCAUGGAAGCAAGUUUCUGGAGCUACGAUUAUGUUUUUCAGUCAAAAAAUGAUGCCUAAUUUAUUUAAAGCAUCCUGUAGAUUAGUGAAUUCAUUAAAUUUCUCACCAGGGAAGCAAAAUAAUGCAAAAAUGAAUGUUGUGAAAAUUGAUAAUAGUAGAAUUGGCUCCUUUAGUAGUGUAAAUGAGAAGCUUUUUGGGUUUAAUGUUUCGGGUUUGAAGAAUGCAGGUGGGCAGCACCCAUGUGUGGUUGCUUGCAUUGUUAAUGGAGAUAUUAGUCCAGAGAAGGUGAAUGUGCUGGUGAUUGGCGGGGGUGGAAGAGAACAUGCACUUUGCUAUGCUUUGUGCAAAUCACCGUCCUGCAAGACAGUCUUUUGUGCACCUGGGAAUGUUGGAAUUUCAAGUUCAGGGGAUGCUAUAUGCCUGCCUGAUAUUGACUCUUGUGACAGUUCAGCAGUCAUCUCGUUUUGUCAAAAAGAGUCUAUUGGAUUAGUUGUGGUAGGACCAGAGGCGCCACUUGUUGCUGGUCUUGCAAAUGACCUUAUGAAAGCUGGUAUUCCAGCUUUUGGUCCUUCAUCUGAGGCUGCAGCUCUAGAAGGUUCCAAGGAUUUCAUGAAGAGUUUGUGUUACAAAUACGGCAUUCCUACUGCCAAGUAUCAAACAUUUACAGAUCCAACUGCUGCCAAGAGUUAUAUCAAAGAGCAAGGAGCACCCAUUGUCAUCAAGGCUGAUGGGUUAGCUGCGGGAAAAGGAGUUAUUGUAGCCAUGACACUGGCUGAAGCUUAUGAAGCUGUAGAUUCAAUGCUGGUAAAUGCCAUUUUUGGUUCUGCUGGAAGUCGUGUUAUUGUUGAGGAAUUUUUGGAAGGAGAAGAAGCUUCCUUCUUUGCACUCGUAGAUGGUGAGAAUGCAAUACCGCUAGAAUCUGCGCAGGACCAUAAACGUGUUGGGGAUAAUGAUACAGGGCCCAACACUGGUGGAAUGGGAGCAUACUCACCUGCACCUGUGUUGACUGAUGAACUUCAAUCUUUGGUGAUGAAUUCUAUAAUUCUUCCCACUGUGAAAGGGAUGGCGGCAGAAGGUUGCAAAUUUGUGGGGGUCUUGUAUGCUGGGCUUAUGAUUGAAAAGAAAUCUGGACUUCCGAAACUCAUUGAGUACAAUGUCCGAUUUGGAGACCCUGAGUGUCAGGUUUUGAUGAUGCGUUUGGAGUCGGAUUUGGCACAACUUCUUCUGGCUGCUUGCAAAGGUGAGCUAACAGGAGUAUCAUUAAACUGGUCACCUGGCUCCGCAAUGGUUGUAGUCAUGGCUAGUAAGGGGUACCCUGGAAGCUAUCAGAAGGGAACAGUCAUAUGCAAUGUUGAAGCAGCAGAAAAAGCUGCACUGGGUGUCAAAGUUUUUCAUGCAGGAACUGCUUUGGACACGGAAGGUAAUCUAGUCGCUGUUGGGGGUAGAGUUCUUGGGAUUACAGCCAAGGGGGAUAAUCUUCUAGAGGCGAGGGAUAGAGCCUAUCAAGCUAUCAAGGAAAUUAAUUGGCCUGAAGGAUUUUAUCGACAAGAUAUUGGUUGGAGAGCUCUCCCCCAAACCCAAGUUUCAUGGAGAGGUUAACCGACUUUCUUCGGUUGGUGAUGUUGGAUCGAUCAUAUAAUUUAACCUCCAACCUGGUGUGGAACAGGGAAAGAUCUGUUAUUUGACCCAGUUUUCUUUUUCUGGGAAUGGUCUUGCUUCAGAUGAACCAAGUUUGUGACGGAGGCUACAGAAAAACGUCGUUCAAAUGUUGUACCAAUAUACUAAUUGAUCUAAUAAUUGUUGAGUUUUUGGGCUAUCUGUGCCUGUUUUAUUCUGAUCUUUAAAUUUCUUUACAUUAAGAAUUCAGAAAAUCUAAAAUGAUUAGUGAUUAAUUUUUAUAGUUUACUAAGUUGUGUUGUACUUUAACAUCCUAGAUCUUAGUAUUUAGUUGGAUUAAAUUUUAGUAAUGUUGAUAUCGUUUCAUGAAGAUUUGCAUCAUAAAGCUCCUAAUACAUGAGUAUUUGUUGACAAAAAUUAGCUUGCAGUGUAUUCUCAUAUGGGAACGAAAUAUAUGGAUGAAAUAAAGGGAGAGAUUAAUUGU